GAAGAACAUCAAUCAAACACUAGACAUGUUGACCAAAGAAAAAAAAUAACGUCUAUUGGGCCGGGACGUUUCCAUGUAGGUACGUUUGAGCCGUUCAAGACCCGACCCACUGAAACUCAACCACAAGCUAUCUGAGACAGGGUUUUUCUUCAUCAGAAGCACUUGCUAGUUGGGGUUUAAGCUUCUUCUCUUAAGCCAAACUCUUCCUGAAUUUACCUUCUCUUAGAUUUCUCGUUUGUAUUUGGGGCUAUUAAAUUCAAGAUAUCAAGCUAGACAAUGAUGGUUUUUAAAAAGGAUUUGUGAUGUUGAGCAAAUACAGUUCUUGAAGGGAAUGGCUACAAACAUGUGAAGUGUAUAUGGCUAACCCAAUAUUGAAAGUUUUGUAAGAUUUUCAAAUCUGGUGAUAGAUACAUAGCCUUAGAAAUUGACUUCUGUUUUAUAGUUAGUAGAAUAAAUGCUUUUUGGUUUUUUUUUUUUAUUCAUAUUGCAAGAGUUUGUGUUAUAUGAUGGUUUGUUUUGAUAGAGGUCCAAGAUAGAAUCUGCAUUGCUGUCUUUUGGUUGAUGGCUAGUGGAAAUUUUUGGCUUUUAAAUGAUAAUGAUUAUAUGUGUAGAUUAAGUGGAAAAUAUUUGGCAUUCGGUUGGGGUAAUUACUGAUGACUUAAGGUUGGCUACACUGAACUUAUAUCAUUAUUUCAUUGCUGGAAGUCCGCUUGGCAGUAACUUAGCUUUUGAGUAUUUGUUCAUUUGUUGGAUGUUUAUCUAUGUAUCGGUAUGGGAGAGGUAUUCGCUUCCUGAGUUUUACCUUAGCAGUAAACAGAACCAACUGGGAUCCAACUGUAUCACUUGAACUCAAUCACCCUUCUCUCGUUUUGCUUGAAAAGUGCAGUUCAAGAGAUCAUUUUAGACAGAUUUUGGGGCAGAUGAUGAGGACCAAUCUCAUUGGCCAAACAUUUCCAAUGAGCAGACUUAUUUUAUUCUCUUCCAUUGCACACCCAGAAAACUUAGACAUAGCAGUUCUUCUCUUCACUUACUUUACUCCUCAACCAAAUCUCUACAUUUACAAUACCAUGAUAUCGGCUUUGAGUUUUUCCACCAGGCAAGCAUUUUUUGUCUACAAUUCUAUGCUUAGUUUGCAUUUUUGGCCUGAUAAACACACUCUCCUUUACUUGCUAAAGGCCAGUAAAUAUAUGAUAGAGGUAAAACAGAUACACUGUCAUGCCAUUAUUAUGGGACUGCUGUCUUAUGAUUAUUUGAAGAACUCACUCAUUAAGACAUAUAUGGAGAAUGGGCAAACGAGUCUUGCUCAUAAGACCUUUUUGAGUAUGCCAAGUCCAGAUGUUGCUUCUUUCAAUAUCAUGAUUGUUGGCUAUGCCAAGAAGGGAUGUAGUUUAGAGGCAAUAAAACUAUUCCAUGAAAUGGUGGGUUCAGGUCUUGAACCUGAUGAAUUUACCAUGUUAGGACUUGUUGUUUGUUGUGGUCAAUUAGCCAAUGUGCGGUUGGGGAAGUCUGUUCAUGCGUGGAUGGAAAGGAGGAAACACGUUAUCUCAUCAAAUUUGAUCUUGAGCAAUGCUCUUCUAGAUAUGUAUGUCAAGAGUGAGGAAUUAGAGCUUGCCCGAAGCACAUUUGACAUGUUAAUGGUGAAGGAUGUUGUUACGUGGAAUACCAUGAUUGCUGGGUUUGCCAAGGUUGGUGAAUUGAAGAGUGCACAAACUUUCUUUAAUCAAAUGCCCAGUAAGGAUCUUGUUUCUUGGAAUUCUUUGAUCGCAGGCUAUGCCCAAAGUAGUGAUUAUAUGAUGGUGAGAGAAUUAUUCAAUAACAUGAUUGCUCAGAACAUUAUGCCUGAUAAUGUUACAAUGAUUAACUUGGUUUCGAUCGCAGCAAGAGUUGGAGUUCUGGACCAAGGGAGAUGCAUACAUGGAAUGGUUGUGAGGAUGGGGAUAAAAACAGAUGCUUUUUUGGGCUCAGCAUUGAUAGACAUGUAUUGCAAGUGUGGAAGUAUUGAAAGAGCCCUCAUAGUUUUUAGGGCGGUUACUGAAAAGGAUGUCACACUAUGGACAACAAUGAUUAAUGGGUUAGCAUUUCAUGGUUAUGGAAAAAAGGCAUUGCAACUGUUUUCAGAGAUGCAACAGGAGGUAAAGCCCAACAAUGUGACCAUUGUUGCUGUUCUUACAGCUUGUAGCCACUCCGGACUUGUGGAUGAAGGGCUUAAAUUAUUUAAUAGCAUGAAGGAAGAGUAUGGUAUUGAACCAACAACUGAACAUUAUGGAUGUUUGGUGGAUCUUUUAGGGCGAUCAGGGAUGUUGGCUGAUGCAAAAAAUGUCAUUGAAAAGAUGCCAAUGAAACCCAGCCAAUCCAUUUGGGGAGCAAUUUUGAGUGCUUGUCGGGCUCAUGGGAAUUCGGAAAUUGCAGAGAUGGCUUUGAGAGAGUUACUAAAGUUGGAGCCUGAGAAAGGGGGUGGAUAUGUAUUGUUAUCCAACAUUUAUGCUGCUAACAAGAACUGGAGCUAUUCUGACAAGAUUAGAGAGAUCAUGGAAAGCAGGGGAGUGAAGAAAACUGCAGGUUGCAGUAGUGUUGUUGUUGAUGGACAUACUCAUGACUUUGUGGCUACAGAUAAGCGGCAUCCAAGAUGGUUAGACAUGCAGUCCAUUUUGAGUACAUUGAAUAGUGAAAUGAAGUUGAACGCAGAUUUUUUACUGAAGAAAAGUUGAUCUGGGCCAAUCCUAUGACCCUUAACACCAUAAAAUUUUGACUGUUUGAUUUCUUAUAGAAUACCAAGCUCUCUGUAGAAUUGAAUUGUAUUCAGAGCUGGCUUAGCCUUUGCGAAUGCUGGAGAACUUUGACAGCCAAAUUUGGUGAGAAAUCAUUUUUCAAGAAGAAUUGUAUCACAGAGGUGUAUCAAUUGAAUAAUAACCAAGAGAGAAAACCUUUGGAUUUUUGUAAA